CAACGACAGCACGACGAUCAUCGCGGUCAGCAGCUUGCUGUUUUUUUCCUAUUCGCUCCGCAGUAGUAAAAGUUGCAGCGCAUUUUUGAAGCUCAGUGCGAGCAAUAAUUUUCGUCAUCGUUCUUGCAAUUUUAUUGGCAUUAGUUUCACGGGCUUAAUAUCAAAAACCGGGUUCCGAAGUUGGUGUACGUUGCGUGGUGUUGUAAAUUACGGGAUUCGCGCGAGGAAUAGUGACUGAAAAUGCUAAAACGCUAGCCCAAGGAGGUGAAUAAUUUGGGUUUCUUUUGCUAAUGGUGGAAUUUGGAUGUUGGGAGGAAUCUAUCGAGUUCAAAGAUUUCGGAGAAAUCCAACUUGCGAGGAAGAAACAGGAGUAUAUUCGUUGUGGAAUAAGUUUAGAAUCAAUCUGUUGAACGAAAUCGAAUGCCAAAAUUUUGGGAGCAAUGAAAUGAAGGGUGCUGUAAAAGAAUUUACCCAGAUUGGCACUAAUCCGGUGGAUCACAUCGAUAGAAAUGUGAUCCUACUUAUCAGAGGAAGAUAAGAGGUUGGCUCGUAAAGCUAGUGUUUGAUUCGAAGAACCAAUUUGAGAAAUUAUGUAAUUUCGGGGGCCAUCAACGAGCAGAAUUUCGUAGCUUGUUAUCGGAGGAGCAUCGACCGUGUGUGGCGAUGGCGGGUUGUUCUAUAUGCUUGACGGCAAUACUAUUGAGGCCCCGGGGAGCCGCAGAAAUAUGGAAGGAAAAUAUGGCCCAGCAGCUCCCCGUGUAGAAUGCAUCUAGGUUGACGUGUAGUGCUUUUUUAUUGUUAAAGUUUCGUUUCAUUAGUGCGGAUGAUUGCAUCAGUCUCGGGCUGAAGGAAAAUGCAAAUUGCGUGUAAAGUGAUUAUUAUUAUAGCCGUUGUCAUCGGUUAUUGGAUUUUCAGCUUGUAGGGCUCCGCAAUUUGAUAUGGGCAGCGUAUUUUGAUGACCCUUUGGGGGAGGAGUGGAGGCACUCAAAUGUUUAUUCCAGUUUGUUGGCUGACUGCCUGGAACCGGCUGUAAGGCGUCCGCUUUGUGACUCAAUAAAAUUUGAUUAUCAAACGCACCACAGAAGGGAGAAGAUCUGUAUACACAGUGAAACGAAAACGAUACGACGACGAGACGAUGAUGAUCGUUCAGUUAAACCGGCAGAAUGUCCACAAUGUGUGUUGGUACGGCGGCGAAAAAGUGCAAGUUGUAACCCCAAAGUAAAAAUAAUCAUUGCCCAGGUUGAAGCAGUGCAGAACAACCCACAAAAAACAAACCACAUAACGAAUACGUGGAAAUACGUUCCCAAAGUUCUUGUUGAACCUUUUUUGUUUUUUGCUCCCAGAGCACAGCAAAGUGAAGAUAAUGGGAAUUUUAGUGACGCUUAACAUUAAACAAAACUACCGGGAGAACCACGUUAAUCAUCAGCGAAAUUCGCAAGCUGUUCGUAAGAACGUUUACUCAACUUUAAGUCGAGGCUGCUAUUGACCUUGAAUCUAAUUUUCGGUUAAAUUAGGAUUGUGCCGGUUUAAAGUAGCUCCGAUAGUGUACAAAAAUUACUGGAACAGGGAUUGGUCCCCGAUAAAUCCCUAGUAUACGAAAGUGCUAUAACGAGGAUGACAUCAUCCUCGAACAUAGAUUCGAAUUUGUCCCCUUCUGGGCCAGGUGGUAACGGGUCUGGUCCUCAGGACCGUUCGCUACAAUCGUACCACCAGUACCAGCAGCAAGUUCCGCCAGCCCAGUACGUACCCCACAUCAAUCCCAAUCAGGCUGCAUCGAUCUACCAACAGCUGCGACAACCGCAACCUGCUUUGGGCAGCAGCAAUGCAAACGGGGGACCGGGCCUCGGUGGUGGUCACUUUGCGCCCAUGGCAACUACCCAACUGAUUAACGGAAAGCUGACAUCAAACGCAUUAGCUCCGCAGCCACAACAACAACCGCGAACGAUUUCACGGCAAAAAGCCACCGGAAGCCACCGAGACGGAUCUCGGCGGGGCGGUGACCGUGGCGCGUACAACGAUGAUAAGGAGGGCAAGAGUAUUCCAUCGCGUGUAGGGCAGUUGUACUACCGACAUGGGUUGUUCCUGUCAAGCUAUCCGACAUGUGCCACCAGCCUUGCCGUGGUUAUGAUCAUUUUUUGUUGCUACCCCCUGUUGAACAUUCCGCUACCCGGAACGAUCCCGACCAAGGUCAUUUUCCCGUACACGGAACAAAUUGGCCAAAAUUUGCAUCUGGUAAACGGCGCAUAUGGCAACGGCAGUACGAAAUCGGAAAUGUACAACCCGUUCAGCAGCUUCAACGGAAACAAUUUUUUCAACAUCUACAACAUCAGCUUGGAGCCACCGUUUCCCUGGGCCCGAAUAGAUCCGCUUCUGUACGUACAGCAGAUUAUUCUGCGCAGUGCAGUGGUCCCGUGGGAGGAGGAUCUGCUGCUGACCGAUGCCUUCCGUGGACCCCUGUACGAAGUGUUCAAGUUGAUUGAGAUCAUACGUAAUCACGAGGACGAAAGUAAAACGACACUUAGCGAUCUGUGUCUGCACGUGGAAAAUGUCAAACGAGCCUCCCAACAGAUGCUGUUUCCGGAAUAUAACUGUCUGCUUUUGUCACCGGCCAAUCUCUGGCAACAGAAUCUGCAGAACUUCAACAAGGAUAACAGCCUGUUGAAUACUAUUUUUGUGAAUCAUAAUCUGCAAAAAUCAAAAGUGUCUACCUCGGAAAUGCUGUUCGGAAUCUCGUUGCGAGACACCGGCGUCAAGCGGUAUCCCAUGCGGGUCCGAUCCCGCAUCAUCCAGUACGCCGUCACGCUGAUCCUGCGCGAGAACAAUCCCGCCUUCAUCAAAUCGCUGAAGGAAAAACUUGUGAAAGCAUAUCCGCUGCAUCAGGAUGGCGAUGAUGUAGUGGUUGAGGGUGCCGGGAUUCCUGCCGGCCAGCAAGAAUCGACUAAGGAACAGUCUUCGAUUAUGUACAUUUUCUACCCGGGAGAGUUCGACUGGAUGGAGUUUUUGCCGCAGUGCAUCGCGAUCGUGAUGCUGUUUUUGUAUGUGUAUUUUUCUGUGCGAAAAAUUGAUGUGAUUCGAUCGCGUUUCGUGUUGGCCUCCAGUGCAGUUUUGACCGUUUUGGGAAGUUUGAUGAUGUCUUUGGGGAUGUGUUUCUUCUUCGGACUGACCAUAAGCUUGCAAUCGAAGGGUGUGUAUCCGUAUUUGGUGAUACUGGUUGGACUUGAGAAUGUGCUGGUUAUAACGAAAAGUGUGCUGACAACCGACAACAAUUUGGAUGUGAAAAUCCGUAUCGCCCAAGGCUUGUCCCGAGAAGGCUGGUCAAUAACUAAGAAUCUUUUGACGGAAAUCACUAUUUUGACCGUGGGAUUGUGUACGUUUGUUCCAGUGAUUCAGGAGUUUUGUAUAUUUGCUAUUGUUGGGUUGGUGUCGGAUUUCUUUCUUCAGAUGAUGUUUUUCUCAACGGUACUGGCUCUUGAUAUAAAACGGGUAGAGUAUAGUGCUGAAGUUAAGCAACUACCAAAAAUGUUGUACUACAAUAGUGAGGCUCGUAGGAAUGUGGUAGAAACUAACAAGAAUGGAGGAAUCAGCAGAUCAAUGUCCCACCCAAAACUUUCGGGUCUGGAUCAAAGUGGAAGCCAUAAGAAAAACAGUUUGAGCAACUCGAAAAAUGGAAAGGAACAAAAAAUUCCUAAACGACUUAGGAUAGUGAACUUUUGGGCCAGGACAAGAUUCUUUCAGCGUGGAUUUAUGAUUUGGAUGAUUUUGUGGAUAUCGAACAUAAUAUAUCACUCAGGUUUGAUUGAGUUGAUGAUUGAUAGAAACAUGCAAGCUCAACGGGCAGCUAAUGAAGCGAAGAGACUGGACGUACCUUUGAAUGAAAUGCACGAUCUUAAACCGGACAGUCAUUUGAAUUUGAACCAUUUCUUCGAUGGUGAUCUACAUGGAAACAGUGAACGUGUAUUGAAUAUCACAGAGCUGCUGAAUCGGCUUAACUAUCCGGACUACGAAACGGUGUAUCGCUUAUCGAACUUUCAUUGGUCGUCAAUUUUGAAACAGUACAAUAUUUCCUUAUCAGGAAGGUAUGUAACGGUUCUUCCAUCUAUUAAACUGUCACAUGCUGUGAGCCCACAAGUAGCACUAAGGCUUAGAAAUCCCGAAGAAAAACCUCCGCACCACUUCCAAUGGAAAGCAUUUGCUGCUGCGCUUGAUCCGCUGGAUUUUAAAGACAUGGACACAGGUGAUCUUCCUAUGAAUACUGACAAUACACCGUUUUAUCCAAAGACACCGAUGGAAAUUUUGCUCAGUCUGCUACUGUUAGCUGUUAGUAUAUUUAUGGUGACUUACACUUUGGUGAUGCUGUAUCGCUGUAUGUGUACCAGAAACUAUGCUGAAUGGCGCGCUAGUUGGGGUGGUCAAGAUAGCGAAAACGAAGAGCCCAAACAAGAACACAGAAUUCUCGAAGGUGUCCCAAUUCAAGUAAAUGGUCACAAGCAUCGCAUUGAAUGUAUUGUGACGGACGGAAAUAUGAUUGCGAGCUCCUGCCUCCAGGGUCAGGUAAAGAUCUGGGAUGCUACCAACGGUGAGCUCAUGGCUUCAAUCAAUCGCACCAACCAUUUCGAAAUGCAACGUUUGGAAACAUCUCGCUCACCGCGUGGUUCUUUUAUUGUCAAAAGCGAACCCAACAGCGCUAACGUUACCGGAAUGCAGGAAGUGUUUCCGGAGAAAUCACCAACGAGCUUUGCGUUCAAACUGAAGAAAAAGUUACAGUUUAAUUUCACCGGUCAAAAUGGUUAUCCAGAACCAAACGCCGAACAGGAUCCCGCCAAAUUUGACUUCGCAGCUCAGUACGAGAAACAUUUCACUCCCGAUUAUCCCAGUGGUAAAAGACUAAGCAACGGUGGGUUCGUUGCCACUGACCUUCGCAAUCGCUUUCUUUCCGGCACUUCCGCGGCCCAGUUUUACGAGGCAGCUAUGGGUGGUAGUGUAAAGAACCGAUCUCCGCCACCGCCACAAAAUCAUCAAAACCAUCAGAGCAUUCACAGAUCCCACAGCGGCGGCGAAGCAAGUGACCAACCGCAGCAGCGUUUUAUUCCAACGGAAAAUUCUCAACCACCGGGUGGAACCGCUCGAAAGAAAUCCUACCAAACGUCACCCAUUUGGUGUCUCGAUUUUCUCGAUAAUCUCAUCGUGAUUGGUUGUGCCGACGGGCGGCUGGAGUUCUGGGAAGGAACGACGGGUAAUUUUAAGUGCAUCUACGAGACGGAGCACACAUUCAAUAACGGUGUGACCAACAUCAAACUAACCGGUGAUAAGGUGAUAGUAGCGAGAUUAAGCGGGCGGAUCGAUUUCCUUCGCCUGGAGACGUACACCCAAGGUCGACAAAUAGAUUGGGGAUUCACUUCAGCAUAUAGAAGAACUCACAUUCGAACAGGCUCGGCUGGAAGCAUUAAUAUGAAUUUCUCGGGUACUCCAGCCAAUACUGGCUCCGAGGAAGAACUGCGAUGCAUACUGGAGUUCCAUCAGCAGGGCCACAAUAUGCCAGUGACGUGUUUGGAAGUGGGCGGCGGUAUGGUUAUGACCGGCAGUCAGGACCACACAGUGAAGGUGUUCCGUUUGGAGAGCCAUAUGUUGCAGUACACUCUGCACGGACAUUAUGGACCUAUCUCAUGUCUUUUCAUCGACCAGUGGCAGCAGGGUAUGGGGGCGUCCGGAUGCCAGGAUGGCAUUCUAUGCGUGUGGGAUUUAGUGCGAGGUGCGUGUAUGUACAAAAUUGAAGCACACGACGAUUCGAUCGUGGCCCUAGCCUGCUCCCCAAGUUAUGUGAUCUCAUUAGGACUGGACGAACGGAUACAGGUGUGGGACCGAUUCCAGGGCCAAUCGCUAACGUCAAUUAACGUUUCGCACGCGUUUUCUUCGUUGGUAAUGCUAACGCCAUCAUUAUUAGUUACUGGAAAGCCAGGAUCCCUCGUCGUGUGGGACGUCCGGACGGGCGAAGUUGUUCGCGAAGUGAAGCUCGAUUGCUCGAAUUCCCAGCUGAGUCCGCGGGUCAUGUUGCCAGCCUGUGGUUCCGUCAUCUGCGACUAUGGAAGCCAAAUGCGGAUUGUACGCUUCCCGCUUGUUGCGGCGGAUAAAUGCGAAUAAUUUAAAAGGAAAUAAGUGCAGACACAACACACACACACAAAUACAAACACAAAAGCAAAACAAUACAAAGCUCGUACUCAGAAGCAAAGCGAAGCAAAGCAACUAAAGAUAGUACUAAUGUUUCUUCACGAUAAGAUUAGUUUUUAAAUUGUAAUUUAUUAGACCUGCGAAAAAAUCACAAAACUUUUAUUUAUUUCAACACGCUUAUUAAGAAAAAUGGUUGACGACAAAGUGUUCGUUUGAGAAUGUUUGUUAUAUUAUGCUUAUAUAACCAUCUGAUAUCGAAAUUGUAAAAGCGCUUUAAAAGAAAAAGUUAUAAGUUUGCUUUCACCAUGUAGAGUUCUAACAGCUAACAGCUCUCUAAAAUGUUAAACAUCAUUUUGCGAUUUUUAAACUGUUGCAGUCUAACUUAGGGUUAGAUUAUAGAAAAAAACGUUCCGUUCAGACCGUGAUUUUUAGGAUAGGGUCAAAAAGUGACUGUUGCGAAUGAAACGAGAAAGCCUUUUAAAGCAGUGAAAUCAAUAAUCACUACAACUAUUGUGGAAUCAAAAACUCAAACACUCAAGGGAAGAAUCAAUUAUUUAAACAUCGUGUAGCUGGUUUAGAGAUUAAGGGAAAAUUGCCGAUGUACCUACCUAAACGCAGAUUGGUAUCUGAGCACGCUAUUUUGUCCUCUAGAAUAAGAAGUUUAAACAUAAUCUUAUAAUAUAUGAAAACUAAACCUCCAAAAGCUCAUUAAAUUGCCUUCAGUCGGGAGAUAUAAAUUUCUGCAAAUGAAUUUAUUCU